GCGGAAGUGAAAGGGAGAUCACUGUUGCGAAAUACACAUGCGCAGUUACGAAGUACCGAUGAGUUAACUUUUAAAUAGUAAUAAAUAUAUAUUCGUCGAAUGACAAUGGAACAAGGUGUUACUGAUGAUAUCUGGGGACAACUGGUAUGCGUCACAGAUACCGAAACCCCACCAAUUCCAAUGAACACGAGUAAAUUUACUAUUGGAAGAGCAUUAGGAAAUGAUUUGUCACUGUCUGAGAAUAAGCUAGUUUCGGGAAAUCACUGCUAUUUGGAACGAGAUACCCCAGGACAGGUUUGGCUGUAUGAUACAAGUACCAAUGGAACUCUAAUAAACAUGUCGGUAAAACUCAAAGGCGAGAAAAAGUGUUUGCAGCAUGGAGAUGAGUUCUUCGUGGUUUUCAAAAAGAACCAUGAACAUUUAAACAUAGGCUACAUGUAUCAAGACAUGGAAGAACUUGCAAAGGAAGACAACUCUGAGGAUGAGUGUACUCAGGAGUAUGAAUUUAUAGAUCCUGCAAAUCAAACUCUGAUAGAUGAAGAUUUGAAUUUGCCAGUUACUUCAGCUGGUAAACAUAAAAGGACAUCUAAGGAUGAAGCUGAUGAAAGCCCUCCUUCAAAAAAGCUAAAGCCAGAGAAAUAUUUAGCACAGAAACCUGAUGUUUCACUCGAGAAGAAAGAGGAAGAUAAAAAACCCAAAAGUGAUUCACAUGAAAAGGAUGCCGUAAGUACAACACUAAAGAAAGAUGACAAGGAAGUUGAAGAGGGGAUUAAGAAAUGUAAUGAACCAGACAAAGAGGGGAUUAAGAAAUGUAAUGAACCAGACAAAGAGGGGAUUAAGAAAGAAGAAGGCAAGAAAGAAGAUGCUGAAAGUGAUUCUAUGGCCGAAUCGUUGAUGUGUAUCAUCUGUCAGGAGAUCCUACAUGACUGUAUAAGCUUGCAGCCAUGUAUGCAUUCUUUCUGUGCGGGAUGUUACUCUGACUGGAUGGCCAAGUCAAACCAGUGCCCAUCAUGUCGAUUGAAGGUGGACAGAAUAAACAAGAAUCAUAUUGUCAGCAAUCUUGUUGAAGCUUUCUUAAAAGAACAUCCUGAUAAGAAACGACCAGAAGAGGAUAUCAAAGAACUUGAAAAGAAGAAUAAAAUAACUAGAGACAUGCUAUAUCCUACACGACAAAAGCAAAAGGAUUCCUCAGAUGGUAGUGACAGUGAGGACUACACUGACUCCGAUGAUUAUACAUCUCCCACGGCUUCACCAACUGCAGUGACAGCAUUCCCUACACAUGGUUUGUUGUUUGGGUUGGGCACUCCAGUGUUUGGCACAAUAAGGCCACCCAAAACAAUUUGUCGUCAGUGUCCAGAGUGGAAGGAUCCAUCGGAUGGUACACUUUGUAAUUCUGAAGGAAUAAAAUCAGAUAUUACUGUACCUGCUGGAACAAACACGACAGAUACAGGAAGUGGGCCUUCAAACAGUGGUGUGACAGUAGGACCAGGGGGAGACGAGCAGUCAGCAUCUGAUGAUGUUCAGCCAUCUACAAGCAGAGGUGAUUGUGCAGGUGCAUCCUCCAGUACGAACGUGACACCGGUGCCUCCCAAGUAUGUGUGCACCCCAGCACAAAACCAUGUGCUCUGUCAGUGUUGUCUUCACCCCAUGCCAGACCGACGACAGGAGAGGAUGAAAAAUCCACCUGUUCCACCACAGCAGUGUACAAUAUGCUACCGGGCGUUCUGUCAUGCAUACUGGGGAUGCCGAAAAAUUGAUUGUCUUGGGUGUUUAGCUAAGUUUAAAGAAUUCAAUUUUGGAAACAGAGUGCUGGCAAGCAUAGUGUUAGAUAAUGCAGUCGAGUCCAACAUUUUAAAGGACCAUCUCGACAGUAAGGGUAUCUCAGUCAAAGACAUGCUGCUCACCUGUUUACAGAAGCUGGAAUCGGGCAAAUAUUCUUGUGUUGAUCAGUCGAGGUUUAGAAUCGAUUCAAACACGGUACUGUGCUACCCUUGUGGUCUGCGUAACUUCAAAGACUUGGCGUACUUAUACAGGAGAGAUAUUCCGUCAGAUCAGUUACCAGAUACGGUGAAUUCAAGACCAGAUUGCUACUGGGGUAAAAACUGUCGUACACAGAGAAAUAAACCACAUCAUGCAACACGUUUCAACCAUAUUUGUGAUCAAACUCGGACGAUGUGAAGCAUUUAUUCAGUAUAUGGAUUGAAACAGAAGAAACCAUUUUGAUCUGUAUAUAUGAGUGUGUCUGAGUCAGCAGGUAUGUGUGGGUGCGUGUGAGAGUGAAAUGAACAGUGACAGAAUAACAGACUAAAAAAAUAAUAAACAUAUUUUAUAAUACACAAAUAUAUGGAUGUAUAUAUUUUUAUUUUUACUGAAUAUAGAUUUGUUAUACUACAUAGAAUAUUUUGUUUAAAAUUUUUUGAUUAGUAAUAGUUGCUGAUCAUUUGAAAAUUGAUUAGCAACUACUAUUUAAUGUUUUAAAAUUGUGUAGUAAUAUCUGAAAAUUGAUUAGCAAAUUGAGAUACAAUAAUGAACAAAAUGUUCCUGUUAAUAUACAUGUAUCCAAAUACAUUGUGCAUCAUUCUUCAUAUAAAAAUAGUCUUUUUAUUUGCAACUUAACCCUCAAGUUUGUGGUAUCCUUGUGAGCAGUUAUAUCAAUCACCAUCAGUGUGUUCUUUGGGCCAUUUUACAUUCCAGCCAGUACAACAAUGGUCAUGGUAUGUACUAUCCUAUCAAAAGGUUUCAAAAGUUUAAGUGUCAUAAGGACACCCUGUUUACAAAUCUUAAGAGCCUGCCACCAACCCAGCGAGCCUCCAGUAGAACAGAAGAUACACAAAACAAUGCAAAAGAUCGCUAUUCAAGACUGGUUUUCCAGGAUUUUAUAAGUUGACUUGUGUAAUUUGUACAACCAAUUUUUAUGAGCCAUGCAGGCUUGUAUGCUAGCCAAGCAAGAGAGUCCUACAUGAUUUUUGCGAGCCUCAAGCUCCCGGACUCUCCUCAAAAUUGCACACUGCCAUCUGUACAAAUAUCCUUUGCUGCUAAUCAAAAUGAGUAGUCCAUGGAGUGGUGGUAGCGGGUUUCCUCUCUAAACAAUAUGUCCAACACCAUAUAAUCAUAAUUAAUGUUUCGAGUGCAUUACGUAAAACCUCUCUUUCUAGAUUAUGUACAGAUAAGUUAUUUAUAGUUAAACCUUCUCAAGAAGUCACCUUUAGCAAAUGAUGUUACUUUCACUAUAUGGUUACCUGUAAUAAACAAUGUUACCUUUACUACAUGACUACAUGUAAUAAACAAUGUUACUUGUAUAAUGUAACCUUUACUAAAUGGUUACCUGUAAUAAACAAUGUUACCUUUACUACAUGUAAUAAACAAUGUUACUUGUAUAAUGUAACCUUUACUAAAUGGUUACCUGUAAUUAACAAUGUUACCUUUACUACAUGACUACAUGUAAUAAACAAUGUUACUUGUAUAAUGUAACCUUUACUAAAUGGUUACCUGUAAUUAACAGUGUUACCUUUACUACAUGACUACAUGUAAUAAACAAUGUUACUUGUAUAAUGUAACCUUU